AUGGCUCAACAGGGUACCAGCCUGGCGCUUCCAUUCGUAGGUGGCAUACAGGCCUCCGCCUCUAUCCUCCUGACUAUCGGCUAUGGCUUGCUAGCCUCGCAAUGCAACCUCAUGGAGCCCUCUGCCGCAGGACAAAUAAGCAGGACUUCGGUCAACAUGUUCCUGCCAGCACUUCUGAUCACGAACUUGGGAUCUCAAUUGCAUUUGGACAAUAUCCUCCUAUACAUCCCGAUCCUUGUUUGGGCGGUUGCCUACCAAGUAUGUUCACUCUUGGUCGCGCGGGCUGUUGUGCACAUAUUCCGGAUGCCGCGCUGGGCAGUUGGGGCAGUCGCUUUCAACAACAGUGCCGCAUUUCCGUUACUGCUCCUCCAAGGUCUUGAUACCACGGGCGUUCUCAAGCCUCUGCUAACAGGCCCCGAUGAUUCGAGCUCCGCGGCGCUAGAUAGGGCGAGAUCUUACUUUCUUGUAUCUGCGUUCGUGUCUAAUACCAUCACUUUUGGAAUCGGUUCUUCCCAACUCAGGGGCCAUGAGGAGGAUGCGCCAGGAGGAGCUCAGAAGGUCCGAUGGCAAGAUGAGAGACGCUCGCAAAGCCCCGGCGAUCCCGAACGCCAAAGUCAAGAGGAUACACAAGGGAGCCAUGAGCCAGAUUCAGGAAGUAGUCGUACUUCACUGCUUCCAGACCACUCUGAUCGCUUUGUAUAUGCCUGCCUCAAGAGCAUCGGCAACACCAGUCGAGGUAUCUUUCGCAACUUACCUCAACCUAUACGCCGGCUUCUUCGUUCCUUCCAUGCAUUCCUAAGUACACCCUUUGUGGGAGGCGUUAUUGGGAUUUUCAUUGGCUUUACACCACCACUACAUCGGCUUUUCUUUGCAGAGACCGACCAGGGUGGCUACUUCAGUGCGUGGCUCACGGAGAGCACGAAGCACAUUGGUCAGUUGUUCGUGUCAUUGCAGAUGGUCAUCGUCGGAGUCAAGUUGAGCGUGAGCCUGAGGAGAGAGAAACGUCACGAAGACACUGGAUAUUUGCCUUGGGGUCCAGUGGUGUUCGCAGCUCUCUUCAGAUUCAUCUUGUGGCCAGCGAUUAGCAUCCCCCUUAUAUGGGUAGUUGCGACGAAAACAAAACUUCUAGCCAAAGAUCCGAUGCUGUGGUUCACUAUGAUGAUGAUGCCUGUUGGGCCCACAGCUAUGAAAUUGAUGGCUUUGGCCGACGUAUCCCGCGUUGAAAAGACAGAAAAGAUGGUCAUAGCAAGAUUCCUUGCACUCAUAUAUGGGAUGACACCUCUGACAUGCUUGGCUGUGGUUGGAAGCCUGAAGGCCUCUGAAGCGGCAAAAUCACGAAAAUUGUGA